GUACAUUUGUUUCUCUGACAGCUUGUGGCACAACUUCUAUCUACAUAAUACCUAACUCAUACCAUGUCUGACUCUCCAGCACUGGGAGGUUCAUCUCCCCCAACUGCACCACCACUUCCUCCUGCGCGUCCCCAGAGUGAUAUAUCCAAAGACUCUGGCUUCAUUCUCAAAGUGAGAAGUGCUCCGCCAGACUGGUUCUACCAGGCCCCCAACCCGCCCCCUCUCAUCGAUCACCAUGCCGCGCCCACAGGACCGUAUUUCUUUUACGGGACGCUCCAAGAUCCCUGCAUGCUCACUGAGAUUCUUGGUCUGGAUGCAAAACUGAAUCUCAGACCGGGAUAUAUAACUGGUUACUCUGCCAAACUCUGGGGGCAGUAUCCUGCGUUGAUUGAUGGUCCACCCGGAAACAUCAUUGAGGGUAUGGUCUUUGAUGUCCAGACUGUCGAGCAGGGCGCGACAUUAGCGGAGUACGAGACACGAGCUUAUGGUGUGAAGCCUUGCUUUAUCAAAUAUACUGAUGGAAAGGAACCCGCGACCGCAUAUGGAAAUGUGUUCAUGUUUGUCGGGGAUGAGAGGGAGUUAAGUGAGGGCGAGUUUGACCUUAAGCUUUGGUUGCAGAGGAUGGGGAGAGGGUAGGAAAGUCCUGAAGGGGAGGGGAGUUUUAUCAAUCCUAUUUUAUUUAUUCUACACCGAGAUAUUCUAUCCACCAGUAUAGUGUCGCCAUUGUUCUCUCUUCUUUCUUGUUUUGUCUGCUGCUAUUAUGAAUUCAGGGCGCGAGGGUCUGAACCAGAUGAACAUUGACACUUCUUCCUGAGUUGACUAAGGUUGUUUGAAUGACUUGAGAACACCUUCUCUGUUUUGCUCAGGACAUCACCACAAAACAUAGUUGGGAUACUUGCAAUGAUAUGCCAUUUCUUGAAA